AUGAACCAAUCUCAACAGCUGCCUGCAGCCCGAAGGCAGGUUAGCUCGGAGGCAUACGGGUCUCACGGCGGUCAGCAAGACGAGCUGCACAUGCCUGGCAUGUCUUCAAGUCCACACGGUCAGGUAGGAUCACAGAGAGAAUACGCGCCACAAAUCAAGCUUGACCACCCGCCUGCAAACACCCACCCCGCCGCGCAGACCCAAUCUCAACACCAUCACCAGCAACAGUCCGCUGGUUCAGGCGUGCCAAACGUCCUACAGCCCGGUGGCCUGUCAGCACGACCAGCAGCUAUUUCCUCGAAUACGGCUCCUACCCUUCCGACAAUGCAUGGCGCGAUGCCACUUCAAUCCACUGGCCCGCCGCCGUCACAACAAACUCAACCCACGCACCAACAAUCACCGGCCUCGAUCGAAUAUCAAACACCACCGAAGCCUUCUAUCUCAAUGUCUCAUUCCCACGCAUACUCGCGCUCCAGCCCUGCCGCUGGCUAUGACGGCCCGACAAGUUAUCAUGCCUAUACUCCCACGACGCCUGGCGGCUCAGCACCACAACUCGUAUCACCCGCCGAUGCUGGCAAAUAUAAUGCACCUGGUUCACAACGAAACUUCUCUAACACUCCGCUUGGCCUCGCCGACAUAAGACCCCGUGCCGAUUCUAGCAUGUCAGAUGGAGCUCCUGGCUCCACGGGACAAGACAUCUCGAGUACGCAGCCUGGGCCAAGCAACUACAUGGCCCCAUGGGCAGUUUAUGCCUUCGAUUGGUGCAAAUGGCCUUCCCAUGGGAACGGCGCAGGAAAGCUAGCAUUGGGUAGCUAUCUCGAAGAUGGCCAUAACUUUAUCCAAAUCCUAGACAGUCAAGUUGUGACUACCACACAGGAUACGUAUAGUCCAGGUACAUCGAAAUACAGCCUAGAUUUCACCAAAGUAGCGGAGGCGACACAUUCCUAUCCGGUUACCAGACUUCUGUGGGAGCCUCCAUCCUCUCAGAAGCAGUCAACAGAUCUUUUAGCCACAUCUGGCGACCACCUUCGGCUUUGGUCCUUGCCAUCUGAGACUCAAGCUACCCCAAGCAACAAUAUAACCCGCGGGGGUCGAGAUGCAUCUUCCAUCACAAAACUGACGCCGCUAGCCCUCCUAUCGAACUCCAAGACACCGGAUCACACGGCACCUCUCACAUCGCUUGACUGGAAUACGGUCUCGCCAAGUCUGAUCAUUACGUCAAGUAUCGACACGACAUGUACCAUUUGGGAUAUCCCAUCACUGACUGCCAAAACGCAACUGAUUGCUCACGAUAAGGAGGUCUACGAUGUGCGGUUUUGCGCUAACAGUGUGGACGUCUUUGUGAGCUGUGGUCAAGACGGCAGUGUGCGGAUGUUCGAUUUGCGCAGCUUAGAGCACUCCACUAUUAUAUAUGAGCCGACGGGUAAAGAAGAUAGAGAUGGCAGCGGCCGCUCAAGUCCGUCUCAUUCACAGCAAACCAUAGGCAGCCCACCUCCUCUGCUCCGCCUUGCAACAUCGCCCCAUGACACACAUCUCUUGGCAACAUUUGCCCAAGAUUCGAGUACGAUACGCAUUCUGGACGUCCGGCAACCGGGCCAAGCGCUUCUUGAGCUCAAGGGCCACACUGGUCCGAUUAACUGUGUGGAAUGGUCACCGCUUCGACGAGGGACGUUGGCAUCUGGCGGCGACGAUUGUCAAGUGCUCGUCUGGGACCUUAUGAGUUCAAGUUCUUCAGCUGGCGGCCACCCGCCAAACGGAACACCCCAACAGGAUAACCACAGAAAUCCUGUAGCCAGCUGGGAGUGUGAAUACGAGGUCGGGAACCUCGGCUGGGUUCCUCACCUUCAAAAUGCCGAUUAUGGAGAAUGGCUAGGAGUCAGCGCGGGCCGUGGCAUCUGGGGGACGCGCCUCAUGUAA